AUGAUCAUCUACCGAGACCUCAUCAGCUACGAUGAGAUGUUCUCCGACAUCUACAAAAUCUGGGAGAUCGCGGACGGACUGUACCUGGAGGUGGAGGGGAAGAUGGUCAGUAGGACGGAGGGUAACAUUGAUGACUCGCUCAUUGGUGGAAACGCCUCUGCUGAAGGCACCGAUUGUGAAGGAACCGAAAGCACAGUAAUCACUGGUGUUGACAUUGUCAUGAACCAUCACUUGCAGGAAACCAGCUUCACAAAAGAAGCCUACAAUAAGUACAUCAAGGAUUACAUGAAAUCAAUCAAAGGCAAACUUGAAGAACAGAAACCAGAAAGAGUAAAACCUUUUAUGGCAGGGGCUGCAGAACAGAUCAAGCACAUCCUUGCUAAUUUCAAAAACAAGAGAUCUAUAUUUCAACAACAUCAGUUCUUUAUUGGUAAAAACCUGAAUCCAGAUGGCAUGGUUGCUCUGCUGGACUACUGUGAGGAUGGUGUGACUCCGUACAUUAUUUUCUUUAAGGAUGGUUUAGAAAUGGAGAAAUGUUAA